GUACACGGAAAAUGGCCACGCAGGCGAGAGGAAUCACAACAUUCACUCUAAAAUCUCUUUCCCGUUUGUCGUAUCGUUUCAUUUACGCGGUUUAACGUCACUUUCCCAAUGACGGACGUUUGAAAGUGUCCCUGAGAAGCGGGAGUUUGUGGAAAACUUUCAUAUUUUGCCCAAAGCAACACGAAAACAUGUUCCUGGUCGCUAAGGAAGCUAACAGUUAGCUGUCAGUCUGCCGGAGUGCGGAGUAAGUCAUGAAACUAAGUCUCUGGAUUCACCACAUAUGACAAAAAGACGUAUGAAAUAGCGGUGAAGAAGCUGGAAACUUUCAGCAGACAGCAUCAUGUGACACAGACGGAGCCUCUGUGGUUUAAAUCAAAAUGCCUCGUCUGGAAGAGUUGGCCAACGUUGCACUCAGGGUGCCGAGCAUCCUGGUGCUGGACCUGCUGUAUAAAUGUGACAUUGAUGGUUUGACAGAGCAUCUCAAGGCCAAAAAUGAGGAUAUGCUCUUCAAAUACAAAUAUGUCAUCUGGAACCUGUACUACCUUGGUCAUCUGAUCAAUGUUGUGGUUUUGCUUCUGCCACUGAGACACAUUGUGAUGCUCUACCUCCACAUCCUGGCUGCUCUUCUCUUAUACAUGGGGCAUCAGAUUUCUAAGGACUAUGUUCGUGAAGAGCUACACUUUGGUUUUGAAGGAGCAGUUUUCUGUGAUUCUUCAACCUUUAACAGAUUUGUCUCUGCAUUGACCAGUCAGAUCAUUCUCUGCACACUCUGUGCCUUCCUGAUGAAGACGAAGAAAGUGUGGCUGUUCUCUGCUCACAUGCUCCCCCUGCUGGCCAGACUCUGCGCCGUCCCUCAUGCCACGCUUCUAACUGUCAACACUUUUUCAAUGGGACUGACUGGAGCAGGGAUCGCUGUGUUCCUCCUCUCUCACCUCUUUGUGCCAUAUCGCCUCGCGAAGGCUGCCUACUCAGAGCUGCUGCAGGUGGAGGUGAUUGAACUGUACAGACUCCUGGCUGUAGGAAUCUCCCUGUGGAACCAGUUUGCUGUCCCCGUGCUCUUCACUGUCUUCUGGUUUGUUCUCUUCAUCGUCCAGCUGUGUUCUGACAUCAUGUCCAGCAAUUCUGCCUCACCAGCUCAUCAGGGAAUCAUGUUCCUCCUCCUCUCAAGCGUGUCUGAAUGUUGUGCCACACCAUACUCUCUUCUGGGUCUGACCUUCGUGGUGUCCUAUCUGGCUCUCGGGCUGCUAAACCUAUGCAAGUUCUACCUGGGAGGUUAUGCAGCUGUUCAGAAUGAGAACGUCAUGCACAGAGGUGUGACUGAGGGCGUGACUCUGCUGCUCCUGGCCCUGCAGACCGGUCUGUUAGACAUGCAGGCACUGCAGCGCACCUUCCUCCUCAGCAUCAUCCUCUUCAUCGUUGUGACUUCAACCCUGCAGUCGAUGGUCGAAAUUACCGAUCCAGUCAUUCUGGCUUUGGGUGCGUCACGCAACAGGAGUUCCUGGAAACACUUCCGUGGCCUCAGCAUGUGUCUGCUUCUGCUGGUUUUCCCAGUGUUUAUGGCUUAUAGAAUCUCCCAGUUCUUCCACAUGGACUUCUGGCUCCUCAUACUGGUGUCCAGCUGCAUGCUGACUUCUCUUCAGGUUACAGGCACGAUGCUGAUCUAUGGCCUCUUCAUGGUGGAGCUGUUCCGCAGCGAUCCCAUCGAGAGCCUGGACGAAGUCAUCUACUGGGUCAACGCCAUCAGCAGGGUGCUGGAGUUUGUGGUGGCGCUCUGUGUGGUGGCCUACGGCACCUGGGAGUCGCUGUUCGGGGAGUGGAGCUGGAUGGGCGCCUCCGUCAUCAUCAUCCACUCUUACUUCAACGUGUGGCUCAGAGGUCAGUCUGGCUGGAGGAGCUUCCUGCUCAGACAGGAAGCGGCGAAGAAGAUCAACUCCCUCCCCAGAGCCACGGCUCAGCAGCUGCAGCAAUACAACGAUGUCUGCUCCAUCUGCUUCCAGGAAAUGAGCUCUGGUGUGAUCACAUACUGCAGACAUUUCUUUCAUGGAAACUGCCUCCGCAAGUGGCUGUAUGUGCAGGAGACGUGUCCCAUGUGCCACCAAACAGUCCAGCCAACCAUAGACCACACUCCAGCCAACGAGAGAGACGUGGAACCAGAUCUGGCUGCACCACAAGUCAACAACACUUCGCAGGAAUCACACGGUAACAAUGUUAUGUCUGAUGGCACUGAGCAGCAGCAGCAGCAGCAGCAGCAGGAGGAGAGGGAACCAUGGGAUAAUGAUGAUGCUUGUGGUACAGAGGACAAUGACCAACCAGCUGAAGCUGAGAGAAAAGCUGCUGAAGGUCUCUGUUUUAGCUCCAAUGGUGACUUUGUUGGAUUUGUGGAGCCAGUGUCCAGCGACACUGAAGAGGGCCUUUCUUUAUCUUGUACAAGUUCUCCUCACAUGCACAACAACGUCGAGGAGAGUGGCAAGGACUCUGCUAAUGAAGUAACAGAGAACACAGUGGAGGACCAAUGUGACUAUGAAGAGUCGGGACUGGAGGACGGGACGAGCGUCUGUCCAAGAGUGAUACAAAAGGGCAACGGCUGUGAAGGGACACUGCCAUCAGGGAGCAGCCUUAAUUCACCACAGUCAAACAAGUCUGAUAUAGAAUCAAGAGACUGCCUCACGUAGUACAAGGUUUGUUGACGGCCAAAAAUCAUGCAGUACAAUAUUUUGGACUGAAUGGAAGAAGUGAAAUGUUGGUACACUAACCUGGACACAGGCUCAACGUUCAUCCAUACUACUUUUUCGUUUUUGUUUAAAAAAUAAAAGGCACGACCUGGCAUGUUAGAGCUUUAAAGACAGAGAAGCUUAAAAACAACUCUGAGCCCACUUUCACUUCCUGACUGGUUCUUAUCAGCCAUGACUCGAUCAGCUGUGAACCAAAAGCUCCCACUCACAGUUUCACUUUCAGUUUCACCUCGUAUCACAAAUCCUUGCUCUUAGUUUUCACCGUUGUAGAACUUUCUAAGAAUGCAUCAAAAACUACAAAGGAGAGGAACGUUGUUCUGUUAACAUCGGCAUGGUCAUGGAUACAGAUUUCUGCUGAGUCACAGCUGUAAUGUUUGUCUGGACUGAGAGUGACUCGGCCCCAAAACCAUGUGUCUUGUAUUUUGUGUCCGGUCCCGACCCGAACCCGACGCAGUACUCUGACUGUCACUCAAGUGGUGUUUGCUUUAAUUAUGGCUACGGCAAAUGACAAAUGUGGGUCCACACUGGAUCAAUCACUGAUCACGUUCUGCUUAUUAUCCAUGAUUUUUACUCGUUAUACGACUAUUUAUUCCAGGUUUACAUCAGAUUUUCAACAAAAUAAAACUAACUAAAGGACUUGAAAUGAUCAUUUCAUUUCACUUGACAUGAUCAAGCCCGACCCGAGUCCGACAAUCAUUUCUGGAUUUUUGGUCCAAUAUCUAUGCUAUGUCGGGACACAGAUACAUUUUUAAACGGAAAUAGUAAUAUGGAUGGACGGACAACAAAGACUGCCCUGAGACAAGAGACUGUGACUCACUAUGAUGGAAAACAAAACUAUCAUUUGUCAGACCGCGGAAUGAAUGUGCUUCACUUUAGUCAAUUACCUGCAACUGGAUUGGAAAUCAAUACCCUUAUUGUACAAUUAUAACAGAAAGAAAUUAUAAAUAAUAAAAUGAUCUUGCAUCAUUAUUUACCACAUUCUAGCAGGUGAUGACUAAAGAUAUACAAGUUUACUUAAGUUUAAAUGGCCUUUGAUUUAUUAUAAUUGAAUUGUCCACUCUCUGGGUCCUGUGUGUUUUUGUGACAGAAUAAAUGAUGCCUCCCAGUAUUAAAUUAAAGCUUGUUUUUUAACUGUA